AUGGAGGAAGUAGCACCAUCCAGAGUACGCUUAUUAUUAUGUGUACUAUGUGCUUAUAUAAUGAUGACUUUAACAGCAGUGGUAGGUAUUACUGGUCACUUUUUCUACUGGCUUAUAUUUGAUCUAUGUGGCUUUGGUAAUCGACAAACAAAUCGAAAACUUCAUGUAACAACAAAUCAAAAAGAAGAUGAAUAUUAUGCUCUUAUUAUUGGUAGUGGAUUUUCAGGUUUAGGUAUGGCUAUUAAAUUAAAAGAAUUAGGUACUGAAAAUUUUAUUGUUAUUGAACGUCAUGGACAUGUUGGUGGUACAUGGUAUGCUAAUAAAUAUCCAGGAUGUGCAUGUGAUGUUCCAUCUAAUCUUUAUUCAUUUUCAUUUGAACCUAAUCCAAAUUGGUCUUAUUUUUUUGGUCGACAAUCUGAAAUAGGUGAUUAUCUUGAACAUUGUACCGAUAAAUAUGAUAUUCGUCAACAUAUUAAAUUUCAUACAACAGUUACAAAACUAAAAUGGAUUGAUGAUAAACAAGUAUGGCAAAUAACAAUAGAAUCAAAUCAUCAAGAAAAACAAGUUUAUGCUCGAUUUGUAAUAGCUGGUUAUGGACCAUUAUCAAAUGCAUCUUAUCCAACUGAUAUUCCUGGUAUUGAUAAAUUUCAAGGUCAAAUGUGUCAUACAGCUGAAUGGGAUAAAACAAUAGAUUUUAUAAAUAAACGUGUAGCAGUUAUUGGAACUGGUGCUAGUGCUAUUCAAACAGUACCAGAAGUACAAAAAGCUGGUGUUACACAAUUACUUGUUUUUCAACGUACACCACCAUGGAUUAUUCCACGAGCUGAUCGAAUUGUUACUAAAAUUGAAAAACAACUUUUUGCACGAUUUCCGAUUAUUCAAAAAUUUAUUCGUUCUUUAGUUUAUUGGGUACGUGAAUCAACUGUACUCUCAUUUACUUAUCGUCUACCUGUUCGAUUUAUUAAUGAAGAACUCGUUAAAUUUAAUCUACGACGACAAGUGAAAGAUAAAGAUUUAAGAAAAAAAUUAACCCCAGCAUAUGAUUUAGGUUGUAAACGUGUUCUAUUAUCGAAUGAUUGGUAUUCAUCAAUACAACAACCGAAUGUAAAAGUAGUUACAGAUCGUAUUCAAGAAAUUAAAUCAAAUUCAAUAGUAACUCGUGAUGGUGAUGAAUAUCCAGUCGAUAUUAUUAUUUGGUCAACUGGAUUUCAAGUACAAAAAUUCCCAUUAGCUAUCUAUGGAAUUAAUGGUCGAGCAUUAGAUGAACAAUGGUCAGAAACUAUGCAAGCAUACCGUGGUGUAACUGUACCAAAUUUUCCGAAUCUAUUCUUUCUUCUUGGUCCAAAUACUGGUCUUGGCCAUAAUUCAAUUAUUGUAAUGAUCGAAGCACAAAUAAAUUAUACCGCGGAAGCUCUUUUAUAUAUGGACGAGAAAAAUGUUCGAGUACUUGAUGUUAAACAAAGUGCACAUGAUAAUUUUAAUCAUAAAUUACAAACAAAAUUAAAGAAAACAGUAUGGCAAAGUGGUGGUUGUCAUUCAUGGUAUCAAGAUGCGAAAGGCAACAAUACAACUAUUUGGCCUGAUUUUACAUGGGUUUAUAUAUUACUUAUGAAAAGUUUUGAUUCGAAAAACUAUAUUUUUAAUUAA